GUGACUUGCGACGAGAUUUGGAAGAAUAACAACAUUGUGCAUUGUCACUCAAAAUUCUCGUAUUUUUGGUCAAAUUUCCAGUUAUGGAGGUUUUAAAUCAGAGUGGAAUUGAAGAUUAUACAAUUGCUGGACCAAAGCAAAGUUACUUUAGCCCCUACUCGUUCAAUGGAGGGUCAAUUUUAGCUGUUGCUGGUGAAGAUUUUGCAGUAAUAGCAUCUGAUUCCCGGCUUAGUGAAGGAUUCUCCAUCCACACUAGGGACCAGCCUAAAACUUAUCAGCUUACAAAGAACACUGUAGUUGGAUGUUGUGGUUUCCACGGAGAUGUUCUUACACUUUGCAAAGUACUGAAAGCUAGGAUAAAGAUGUAUCUUCAUGAACAUAACAAGGAUAUGAGCAGUACAGCAGUGGCAGCUAUGUUAUCUACUAUACUCUACUAUAAAAGAUUCUUCCCUUACUAUGUGUACAAUAUUGUAGCGGGGAUAGAUGAUGAAGGUAAAGGGUGUGUUUACAGUUUUGACCCAGUAGGAUCAUACGAGCGAGAACCAUUCAGGGCUGGUGGUUCAGCUAGUUCUAUGUUACAACCUCUCAUGGAUAACCAGGUUGGGUUCAAGAAUCUGCCGAAAGAAGCACGUGUUCAGCUAACCAAGGAACAAGUAGUGAAGACAGUAAAAGAUGGUUUCAUCUCAGCUGCCGAACGUGAUAUAUACACAGGAGAUGAAGUUGUUGUCAAUAUAAUCACAAAGGAUGGCGUUCAAGUUGAACGGUUCCCUCUAAGGAGAGACUGAUCUGUUUAUUGACAUUAGGCAAAAUUUUAGUGAUGCAAGAUCGUGUAAUUCUAAAUCAUCCUGGUUUAUAGGACCACUGAAUGUUGAAAUCUGCUUGAGAAUUUUUUUUAGUUGCCAGCUCAGAUAAAUGUAAUAACUAUUUCAGAAAGCUGCCCAAGUUGAAAAAUUUACUUGCAAAUGAUCAUAUCUGGUCAAUUCAAAGGUAAUUCAAUAAGACUUUAGCACAGAUUUUUUAUCGAUCGUAAAGGGAAUGAUUAUAUCCAAGACCAAGGUUUCAAAACUGAGUUUGGAUACCAGUCUCUGAUUGGUUGUUUCCAAGUGCAGACUUGAAAUUGACCAAUGACAAGGCCUCAUACCUAAACUGGUCUUCACAGUUCUGUAACCUUUGACCUAAGUAUUGGUACGUAUGAAACAAGUUGCUAUAGUUACGUAACCUGAUUAAAAGAAAUUUGUAUGCAUUAAAGUGCUAAUAGGACUGAUAAAUUCAUUCUUCAUUUUUUCAUAAAAAUUAAAAUUUGUUGAAAUUCA